AUGAAUAUUUCUCCUGUUUCAAAUAUCCAUAAUACUAUUGAACUUGAUUCUUCUUCUGAUUCGAAUGAUGAUCAUCGAUCGACUUCAUCUUCUACUGCAUUAUAUUCAUCGACUCAUUCAUUAACUAAUUCCGAUUCUCCACAAUCACUCUCUGCAGAAAAUAUUGCUUCGAAACUUAAAGUUAAUAAAAAAGAAUGGACAGUUAUCGAUGUAAAAGAUAAAAAAAGCUAA